UGCCCUGCCCCGACCCGGGCAGCGCCCCGUCACGGGGCGGGGAGAGGCAGGGCAGGAAGUCGGUUCUGGUUCCUGGGUUAAGGCGCCCAGGCAGGAGCGAGCGCCCUGUGCCGGGAGCGGCCGCGGGCUCCGUGAGGCGCUCGCUUCCAGUUCCCAAGAUGAUGGCAGUGUAACUUACAAAAUAUAGCGAUCAAAAAAUCUGUUUUGAAAGCAGAAACACGUAGAGAAGUACUUGCGGUUGGAUAGCACCUGUGUUCUCAUCUCUCAUGAAACUGAGAGGACAAAAAUAUGUGAUGUCCAUACAGUACUCUGUUGAACCUUCUAGAAAAGUCCGACCACAUUUCUGUAUUCAAGCUCUACAAUAGGGAAGAUAUUCAAAAGCAAGGAAACAUGAACAAAAUCUUCAAGCUGCAAUCUUCAGAAUUUUGAGCAGUGUCCAAGGUCUGUUAAUUUGACCACCUUUCCAGUGAUGAAACAACAUUGGGAAUUAUGGACAAAAACAUUGGAGAGCAACUUAACAAAGCUUACGAAGCCUAUCGACAAGCAUGCAUGGAUAGGGACCAUGCUGUGAAAGAACUACAGCAAAAAACAGAAAACUACAUGCAGCAAAUACGUGAACAGCAGGAAAAGAUAGAGCUUCAAAACAGCAUUAUUGUAAAACUGAAAUCACAGUUGGCUGCUCUGAAUGCUAAUAGAGGCAAUGCGCAUCCUUACAUUCUGAUGCAUGAAGACAUUGAAACAUCCAACUUACCUUUCAGCCAGCUCUCUGAAAAACUGAACAUAGCAAAGCAAAGAGAAAAACUCCUCAAGGAACAGUUAGACAGUGAGAGCAUGAAAUUGAAGCAACUUGAGGACAAAAGCAAUCAAAAGGAAAAGAAGCUUUUAUCUAUUAUUUCCAAUCAAGAUGAUAAAAUAAGAAAUCUGGAAAGCAGAUUGCAAGAAUUAAAUGAAGCACAAAAGGGUAUACAGAUGCCAGCGUAUAAAAGGGAGGGGAAAAGUAAGAAAGUUGUUCCAGAUAAGCCUGAAUUAUCUCUAGGGAUCUCUGGUAUUUCACCUGAAAGAGAGAAUCUGGAGACCAUUUUCCAGGACAUGAAAGAAGAGUGUCAUCGAAUACGUAUGCUAGCCAGAGAACAAACAGACCAACUGAGUAUAUUUAAGAUAAAGCCAGAACCUGAAACUGAAAUACAGUUUUCCAUGCCGAUACAGUGCACUGAUAAAACUGAUGAACAAGCAGAAGAGCUUUUUAAGCCUCGGGUUAUAAAAGAUAUAAAUAGAGGUGCAUCAUGCAUCACAUCUAUCACACCAAGAGGAGUGGGCCAAGAUGAGGACAACAACUCUGUAGAAUCACUUUCUAAAUUUAAUGUCAAGUUUCCACCUACAGACAAUGACUCUGCUUUCUUGCAGAGCACUCAGGAAAAACCAACAGUUCCUUGCACUGGUAUAUCUGAAAACAUGCUUCAAGAUCAUCAUUUUAACCUGGAGCACAGAGACCAUGCUGUUAACCUCAGUAAACUGGAACCUAACUCAUUUGAAGCUCAUGGCAUUGAUCUCAUGACCUCAGCUUUACAAAGCUUAACUACUGUUGACAAAACAAACCCCUCAGAUCAUGCAAAGAUGCCCACAGAAAAUAUCUGUGACAAACCAUGUUUAAAAACAACAGACAGUGGUUUCACAUUUGUACCUAAGCACUCAAACCAGGGUGUACCUGAAGUACUUUUUUCUUUAGAAGCUGCUGGAACAACCGUCAGAGGUCCUCAUCAGCCCAUUUGGCAGCCUCAAGACAAUGAUUUGCUGGCACAAGCAUAUGCAGACUCUGAACUGAAUCAGUGUGGAAUAUGUGAAUUCUGUCGAGAAGUUUUCCCACCAUCUCUAACAUCUAAGGAAGAUUUUCUUCGGCAUCUCAAUUCCCACUUUAAAGUACAGUCUUAAUGUAUGAGAAUUCAAUGGUUCACUGUUUUUGCAUACAUUUAUACAUUUUUUUUUAUUCAAUAGUUAUGGUAAGAGUUUAAGAAUUAAGACUUCUUGUAACAAGAACGCAUGACUGAAAUUGUUUGUCAGAUAAGCACAUUUUUAGUUGUCUUUUGACAAGGCAAAAUGAAACAAAGUCACUAAGUACUGUAAUUCAUAUUAUUGCUUAUUAUGCUUCACUAUUAACUUUGAGAGUGAUGUCAAACACUUUUUUUUUCCCAAUUAAUCUUUGCCUGAAUAGGCCUGAAGUUGUGACUAUAUUUAUGAAUGUGGACUUUGCAAGAUUAAUGCCUUACUCUUGCAAAAAUUGGUGUAAUGCUAGGAUUUUUUUUACAAUGUCCAGUGAUGCGAUUAUGUUCUUCCUGAAGUAAAUAGGAAGAGAAGUAGGCCCUCAUUUUUCGUUUAUAUUAUAUAAUUUCCAAAUUUAACUUACAAUACUGAACUUCUUGAUUCAGAUUGUUGUAAAAUUAUCAUAAUAGCUGAAUCCAGGUGUGCCAGAAUUAGGAUAGGCUUGUUCACUAGUAACACAAAUUAAUGGUUGACUUUCCCAGAUGAAUUUUUUACUAAAGUGAGUAAUCAAAAGUAACACAGAAAUGACCCUUUUGCCAAAAUAGAACAGUAAUGAUUUUAUGAACAUCUGUUACAUGUUAUUAAAAAAAAUUACCUUGUUCAUGUACCUUUAUAGCAUAAAUAAUUACUAAAAGUGCUUUCAGGGAACAGGUUAUAUUAAUAUGAAGGAUAGAAAAUGUUAAACUUUCCCCAAAACUAGUAAUACCAAAGAUUAUUUGCCUUCUCUUUUGGUCUGCUAUGAUGGAUUGCCCAAGUCUGGUACAGACUAGAAAGGAAAGGGGAAAACCUAAUCACCCAAAUCUCAGUGACUUUAUUUUUAACCUGAAUAUGCUUAGUGGCUUUCUCAAUGCAAUUAAAAAUCUGUGUUUAGUUGAAACAUUGAAGUCUGAUAAAGUUUGCACAUUUUCUGGAUUAACUGAUAUCAAAUUUAAAAUUAGGGAUGUUGCCGGGUAUUUUAAAUUAAUGAUAAAGCAUGCUUGCUUUUUGCAUUUGAACUGAAUAUAGAGUUUGGCCCUGAUACGGAUAAUUAGCAUUAAUAUUUUCAUAGCAGCAAAGCACAACCUUUUUUCUUUUUAAAGAUUUGUUUGCAGGUGACAAAUUUCUGGAAGAACUAACACCUGCGAAAUUUUUAGAAAUGGAUUUUUCUGCAAUUAUUUUCCCUAUUUUAAACAUGUCAUGUUUGUGACGGGCUGUCAACAGAGUGUACUGUAAUAAAGAGCGGUGUACAGCGCA